GGGGACGUGGUCAUUUGCAUAUAUUUGCAUGCGCGGGGGCGGCUUUGUGGCCCGGCCCCCACAGGAUUUAGUGACCGUUGUUCCUCCGCCGAGCAUGUGCAGAGUGUCGCUCCUCCUCCCUGCUAGGAGCCCCCGCUAGGCAAACAGCUGUGCUUUUUGCCAUCUUCCGUGCCCCUUACAUGCGUGGGGUGGCUCUUAACCUGCAGCCCCUGAUGUGAUGGCGGCAAGGAAGAUCCUUGUCCUCUUUGGCAGCCAGACGGGGACUGCCCAAGAUACGGCCGAGCGAAUUGGCCGAGAAGCCAAGCGGCGUCAUUUCCAGUGCAAAGUGGAGGCCCUGGACAGCUACAAUGUGGCUGAGCUGAUCCAUGAGCCACUGGUGGUUUUCGUCUGCGCGACCACGGGCCAAGGGGACCCUCCUGAUAACAUGAAGAACUUCUGGAGGUUCCUCUUCCGGAAGAGCCUCCCUCCCACCUCCCUGUGCCAGAUGGACUACGCCGUGCUAGGCCUCGGAGAUUCCUCAUACCCCAAGUUCAACUUUAUCGCCAAGAAGUUGCACAAGAGACUUCAGCAGCUGGGUGGCAGCCCCCUCUUGCUGGCGGCGUUGGGGGAUGACCAGCAUGACUUGGGCCCUGAUGCAGUGAUCGAUCCUUGGCUUUCGGACUUGUGGGGAAAAAUCUUAGCCUUCUAUCCUCUUCCUCCUGGCCUCCGGGUGAUAGGGCCCGAUGUCGUCCUGCCACCCAAAUUCACCUUCCAGUUUCUGGAAGAAGGCGCCAGCGAGGGGGAGCCCUGCGGACAAGAGGAAGCCUUCCGAGACGCCCCUUCGGAGCUGCGCCCUUUCCCUGCCCGGAUGGUGUCCAAUCGGAGGGUGACAGCGGAGUCUCACUUCCAGGACGUCCGCCUCAUCGCGUUCGACGUUGCAGGCUCCGGGAUCGAGUAUGCAGCUGGCGACGUGGUGAUGAUCCAGCCCCACAAUUCUCCCGAAGAAGUGCAGCUCUUCUGCAGCCUCCUGCGCCUGGAUCCUGAGCAGCGCUUUGUGCUGAGGCCUACCGAAUCAGGCACCUCCCUCCCUGCCCACCUGCCCCAGCCGUGCAGCAUCCGCCACCUGGUGAGCCACUACCUGGAUAUUGCCUGCGUCCCCCGCCGCUCCUUCUUUGAGCUCCUGGCCGACUUCUCUCCAAACGAGCUGGAGCGGGAGAAGCUGCAGGAGUUCAGCUCCGCGCAGGGCCAAGAGGAACUCUACGCUUAUUGCAACCGGCCGCGCAGGACCACCCUGGAGGUGCUCUGUGACUUUCCACACACGACUUGCGCCAUUCCGUCCGAUUAUCUGCUGGAUCUCAUUCCGCGCAUCAGGCCCCGUGCCUUCUCCAUCGCUUCCUCAAUGCUGGCUCACCCCAACAGAAUCGAGAUCCUUCUGGCGGUGGUGCGUUACAAGACCUCCCUCAGCAAACCUCGGCGUGGCCUCUGCUCCACGUGGCUGGCCUCCCUCGAGCCACAGAAUGAUGCCGCGAGGGUGCCUCUUUGGGUGAAGAAAGGAGGGCUGAAAUUCCCCGCCAGCCCCGACACCCCUGCCGUCAUGAUCGGGCCGGGCACAGGAGUGGCGCCGUUCCGGGCAGCCAUCCAGGAGCGAGUGGCCCAGAGCCAAAAAGGGAACUACCUGUUCUUUGGCUGCCGACAGAAAGCAAAGGACUUUUACUGCCACGCCGAGUGGGAGGCAUUCGCUCAGAAGGGGUUCCUGACCUUCUUUGUGGCCUUUUCCCGGGAUCAGGAGGAGAAAGUUUAUGUCCAGCACCGUAUCCGAGAGAACGGGGAGCUGGUGUGGGACCUGGUGAGCCGUGGGGGCGCACACAUCUAUCUGGCAGGAAAUGCCAAGCAGAUGCCAGAGGCGGUAGCAGAGGCCCUGAAGUCCGUGUUCCAGUCGUCAGGAGGCCUCUCCGCCCCAGAAGCUGAGGAAUACUUCACGGACUUGGAGCGGGCCCGACGCUUCCAGGCCGAGACCUGGUCUUGAGUUGCUGCGGAGGCUUGGAUGGACGGGGGACGCCCAGAGCCCAGCGGGCAGAGCAACCGUGAGGGUACCGUACCCAGAGGGCAGUGACCAAUAAACCUAGGCCCCGGGUGGGCAGUCUGAUCCGUCA